AUGGUACUCCAGCUCAAAUGUCGUGCUUGGAUCGUGCUUGGCAGCCUCGUCGUGUGCGACGGUCAGAAGAGUUCGAGCGACGAGCUCUUCACGUCCCCCUUUGCAAGCAAGCCAGUUUUCAAAGCAUCCGCAAGUGUACGCGGAGCCUUAUCGACAAUGGACCUGCCCGAAUUGAGGAUAAUUCCCGCUGCUUCCGAGAGCACUGGCUCGGAUAGAUAUGCAGAACGUACGUAUUCUCGGUCUGCAGAUAUGUUGAAGAUGCAUCGCAUAUGCGAUCUUGUUGGGUCGACGAUUUUACUCAGAAUCUUCAAAGGUCGGCUGGGACGUUCAGACCUUGGUAAAUAUCAUACAAGGAUGAAUCAACCAGGGUCUCUCAGCUCCUCUGGUUCUGGUUUCGAUAUGAAGACAAGCCCAGGAGUAGUGACCUUGUUUCCGAGAAGUCCACAUAGCUACGCGUAA